CAGAUGUGUACUCCUCCACCAGUAUCAGUUAUACUUGAACAGUUUUAAUUUUAGCACUUUUUUGCCAUUUCAUCACUAAUGUGUUUUUCUUAAUGUGUGCAUAAGACGGCAGGGUGAGCGGUGCGCCGGCGCACAAUGAUCACCAGCCAUGUGUAACACUACGAGCGGCGCAGACAGUGACGUGGCAGGUCUCGCAGCCAACGUCGUGCUGUGGUUGGCUCUCGACGGAUGCUUGUUUGUGUUCAUCGUGAGCGGCAACCUAGUGACACUCUAUGUGCUGCGAUCCAGUAUGCAGUUUUCUCCGCUCGUUUCCAACCACUUUGUCAUGAGUCUGGCGCUGUCUGACACUGUGGUCGGCCUCACCAUCCCCUACCACAUGGCCAUGAACCUCACGCCUAGCAUGGCAGCCAACCGAGUCACUUGUGUGCUCAAAUUUGUGUUUAUACUGUUCGGAUGCUGUGCUUCCAUCUUAAACAUGACAGCCAUUGCAGCAGACCGCUACUUUGCUAUUGUACAUCCAUUCAAGUAUGAGAGAAUAAUGAACGCAAGGUUGGCCCACGUAGUGUUGUGUGGUGGCUGGCUCCAUGCUGUCAUCUUCUCCACAGUUCCGCUCUAUUGGAACAGCUGGCGGCCAGAACAGCCGUGUGAGUUAGGCCGAGUGCUGCCCAGGUACUACACCACUGCAGUCAUCACACCAGCCUUCGCCAUCAUCUGGGCCAUCAUGUUCACAAUCUACUGGCGUAUCUGGCGCGAGGCUGUCAACCAGGCCAACAAGAUGCGCCGGCAACACGUCAACAUAUGCAAGCUGCGCCAGUCGUGUUUUCAGGUAGUCCUAUUGAUCAUGGGAUGUUUCACGUUCUGCUGGUUUCCGUUUCUCGCUGUGGCCUGUAUACAAGCAGCAGGACACCCUGACCUCAUUUCCCCAACAAUGUACAAGGUGGUGCUCUCAGUUGCCAUAUCAAGUUCGGCCGUCAACCCGCUCAUCUAUGCUUGGAAGAACGCUGAGUUCAAGCGUACGUUCGGCCACAUGCUACGCUGCCGCACAGCCAGUCACUCACUGCAGUACGAGCGCUCAAGUGAGAAACAAAAUCGGAACAGUCUUUUUAUUGAAAUUCAAACAAACCGCAACAGCGGACUAUUCCAAGAGCUGCAGCAGCUUUGAACUUACUUUUUAUGUCAUUGAUUUGUAUUAUAAUUUAAAUAAAUUAUGUUGUAAAAGUGUA